AUAUAUCUAUACGGAGACAAAAAGAAUCAGAGAAAGAGAGCGUGGGAGAAAAUUUUAAAUAGAAGAGGAGAGGAAGAGUUUUAACGUUUUAAUCAUCAAGUUUGCGUUUGGAAAGUCACGCAGCCCUUUUUACGUACAUAUACAAAUACACAUUGUGCAUAGAUAGAUAGAUACACAUAUACACGCAUAAAAGGUCCCCCGGUGGCCGUAUGUAUACGGACGUGCGCGAGAGAGAGAGAGAGAAAGAGAGCCGCGAUUGGUCGGAAGAAUAAAUAAUAUCCUCGAUUCGAGAUCGACGGACGAACGAACGAACGAACGAACGAACGAAGUUACGUUGCGAAAGAAAACGAUUUCCAAGAUUUGGUUCAGAAAUUCUCUUUCGUUGUAUAACGAAACAAAUCUCUCCCCCUUCGAGCCCUUUAAUGAUCGAUUGAUAAUACGAACCAGGACAGCAAAGUACCUGCAGACACAGAUAUAUUUAUAAGAAUAAUAUUUAUAUGAUAUAUAUAUAUAUAUAUUAUAUAAACGAAUGAAUAUAUAGUAACACACACGUACACACACAUACAUACACGCAUAAGUAAUAGAGGGUCGAGCAACAACAAGCUAAAGGGCAAAGAGAAUAAUAAUAAUAGCGACAACAACAAGUAGAAGCAAGAAUAAUAAAAUAAAAUAAAAUAACGAUAGCUGUUAAGAAGAGAGAAGAAAGAAGAGGAUCGUACAAGAACAGAGUGUGAACGCUUAUACAUAAUUCUAGAAACGCGCUACGGUUAGAGUACUUCCACUUUGCGAUUAAUUAAUUUACUACGAGCGAUUGCGGGGCCUGUUCUACGUGUACACGAUCAAGAUACCUCAACACAGCAACGGGCGACGAAAAACGACUCGAUCGGUAUGCACCUGGGACCGCGGUUCGAGGCGCACUUCAAGAUGCGGUAGAGGAAGUCCCUCGACCCGAGCUCACCCGAAUCCAGACCGGUGCAACAACCGACAGUUAUCCCGCGAUAUUCCCGGUGACACGUACGAAGCAUAAUAAUCGCAUGCAUAAUAACAACAAUCAACGGAGCGAGACUCCUGGAACGUAGAAAAGAAGGAAAAGAAUCCGGCAAAGGAUUCCUGAAAUACCCAUCCAUCCACUCAGUGCGGCCAACCCAAGGCUCUCUCUCAGUUUCUCAGGCCGAACGAGCCCGGGAGCCUCGGAUCGAUCGAUCGAUGAGAACCACUGCCCUCUGAAAGGAUCCCUUUAGAGGAGCGCGCCUAGGCGCGCGCGAUCGUCCUCCCCUUCGAGAAAAAACGUCAUCGUCGACCUUUCCCCCUGCCCCUCCCCGCCGUUAAACCGUUUCCCUCCCCCGUCGAGGGGCACCUUUUCGAGAGAAGAGAAGUGAAGAAGAAGAAGAAACAGAAGAAACAGAAGAGGAGGAGGAAGAAGGAGAGACCCGGUCGUCGUCACGGUGGCAAGCUUAGUGAGCGGGAACGUAGCGGUGCGUUACGAUGAGGCGUCAGGAGUGGUUGGCACGGGGGGUGUCGUGUUGGCAGCCACUCCCAGGUUAGCCGCCGCUACGGACCAGGCCACGUCCGCCACCAUGGACACCAGCGACUCCAGCAUGGACACGACUAACGGGGGGGGCUCGAGCGCCGGGGUUGGCGUGGUCGGUGGGACGAUCGCCUCUGUGGUGGCAGGGGCCGCGUCCUUGACCCUGGUCAAGGCCGAGACGCCCGAACACCUGGCCGGGACGUCGACGACGGCCGCCGCGACGCCGACGCCCCCGUCGGUCCCCGUCGGAUCGGCGGUGGCCGGGACGGCCGGUGGCGCCCUCUUCCCCGGCAUGGCCGCGGCGGGCAAGGGCGCCGCGAGAUCCGACGACUGGCUCGCGAACGCGAACAGCCCGGUCGGCUCCCCGUCCGCCGCGUUGCAGCCGCAGCACGUGGUCUACGGGAAUCCUCAGCAACAACAGCUCGCCGCCGAGACGCAGCAGCAGCAGCAGCAGCCGCCCCUCGCCCACUCAAGCCCCCUCGCGCAUCAGCAGCAACAGCCCAACAGCAACAACGGCUACGCCAGUCCUAUGAGCACCAGCAGCUACGAUCCUUACAGUCCCAACAGUAAGAUAGCUAGGGACGAGUUGUCGCAGCCUGGCUCUUUGAACGGGUAUGGGAGCAGCGGAGGCGGAGGCGGCGGAGGAGGAGGAGGAGGCGGCGGCGGCGGCGGCGGAGGCGGAGGAGGAGGAGGAGGAGGAGGAGGAGGAGGCGGGGGUGGUGGAGGAGGAGGCAGCGACGGGUGCGACGCGAGGAAGAAGAAGGGACCGACCCCGAGGCAGCAGGAGGAGUUGUGCCUGGUCUGCGGCGAUCGCGCCUCCGGUUACCACUACAACGCGCUCACGUGCGAGGGGUGCAAAGGUUUCUUCCGGCGGAGCAUCACUAAGAACGCGGUCUAUCAGUGUAAAUACGGGAACAAUUGCGAGAUCGACAUGUACAUGAGGCGCAAGUGUCAGGAGUGCAGGUUGAAGAAGUGUUUGACGGUCGGGAUGAGGCCCGAGUGCGUGGUGCCCGAAUACCAGUGCGCCGUGAAGCGGAAGGAGAAGAAGGCGCAAAAGGAGAAGGACAAGCCGAACAGUACAACGAUGAACGGGUCCCCGGGCAGCGGCGGUAUACGGAGCGAUCAGAUGGGGGUGAAGAUCGAGCCGGCCGAGGCGGAGUCGUUGUCCACGUCCGGAAGCAGCGGGAUCCUGACGCCUGUCAGCCCUUACGGCUACGUGAAACCGAUCAGCCCCGAGCAGGAGGAAUUGAUACACAGGCUCGUCUACUUCCAGAACGAGUACGAGCAACCGAGCGAGGAGGAUCUCAAGAGGAUCACGAAUCAGCCCUCGGAGGGAGAGGACAUCAGUGAUUACAAGUUCAGGCACAUAACCGAGAUCACGAUCCUCACGGUCCAAUUGAUCGUCGAAUUCUCGAAGAGAUUGCCAGGCUUCGACGAGCUGAUGCGGGAGGAUCAGAUCGCUCUGCUCAAGGCCUGCUCCAGCGAGGUGAUGAUGCUUCGAAUGGCGAGGAAGUACGACGUGCAGACGGACAGCAUAAUAUUCGCCAAUAAUCAGCCUUACACGAAGGACAGCUAUACCGUGGCGGGUAUGGGCGAGACGAUCGAGGAUUUGCUACAUUUCUGCCGGCAGAUGUACGCCAUGAAGGUGAACAACGCCGAGUACGCGUUGUUGACCGCCAUCGUCAUAUUCUCAGAGAGGCCGAACCUGCUCGAGGGCUGGAAGGUGGAGAAGAUUCAGGAGAUCUAUCUGGAGGCGUUGAGGGCGUACGUGGACAACAGGCGCAGACCGAAUCCGGGCACGGUUUUCGCCAGAUUGCUGUCCGUGUUGACCGAGCUGCGGACCCUCGGCAACCAGAACAGCGAGAUGUGCUUCAGCCUCAAGUUCAAGAACAAAAAGCUGCCAGUUUUCCUCGCCGAGAUCUGGGACGUGACACCCUAGUUCCCCGGUGGCCGAUCCCCGUCGGCUGAUAGUGUUGUUUCAUCGCGAGUCCGCGUCGCGCCCGGAACGUUCAAGCUGAACACCGAAUGGAGCUGCGGAACGCUGCGCGCCACGCGGAGAACCUCCUGUACUAGUGCGCCACCACCACCACCACCACCACCACCAUGCCACUGCCUGGCCCGAUUAGUAGACACAGGUGACGUCUACCGAAGAAGCAUCGAGGAAUGAUCGAUUCGACUUCAUCACACCUUCUUCUCUCCGCACUUCACCCGGCUUCGUGAAGCUGUGCUGGAAACGGGGGGGGGGGCAGCUUUCGACAGUGCUUUACGAAAACGCUUAGAAACGCUGUGGAGGAUACGAUAAUAAUAUUUUACGCGAAGUCAGGAGGAAGGAGGAAGGAGGAAGGAGGAAAGGCAGUGGCGAGGCACCCAGGCUGUGAUACGUAGAGACAGUACAGAGACUGUAAUAAGGAGCUACCUACCUACAGUUACGUUAUUAUUACUAUAUUCUCUACCUGGCUACCUACCUACCUACCUACCUACCUACCUACCUACCUACCUACCUACCUACCUACC